AUGUCCCUCGCACCUGCUACAGCACCUAGCCCCGACAAUGACGCCUUCUUUCCUUUCGGGCUGAAUCCCAACACUCAGCAAUAUGAGUAUCGAGGCAAGAAGCACUUUCUCUCUACUCGAGCUCAAGAGUUGGACCUCUUCCGAGGAGAUCGCACAGGAACAAGAAGUCAAUACAUUAUUUAUUGGGGCAUACAUCGAGACACUUUUUGCCGAGACUUUGAGAAUACCGAGGACGAAUUUAACGUUGAGUCGUAUUUUCCUUGCCUUGGGAUUAUCCUAAUCAAAAUGAUCUCACCACCGCAUGAAGUGGCCCAUGAAAGGAUCUCGAGCAUUAUGACUCUCAAGCUCGCCGCCAUGAAUCGCAUGGACAAAAAUGUCUUCGAAACCGGGCGAAGCGAUAGGACGACGGUUCAACGAACAAAGCAGCCAGAUACGUCGUAUCAGCCGAAGCGGUUACCAAAAGGCCGCUCCCGCCAGUGGCCGACAUUGACAAUCGAAGCCGGCUAUUCUGAAUCUCGGAGGAAGCUCGCUGAUGAUGCUCGUUGGUGGCUGACAGCAUCUCAAGGAGAUGUGAAAGCUGUCGUUACAAUAUCCAUUGGUCAAAAGCAAAGGUCGAUCACUUUUGAGAAAUGGGCUUUAGUCCAACAGCAACCCGCGGUGGCAUAUCGGGCGGUGUUGUCACAGGAGGAUGGUCGCAACUCGAUUCAUACUACCAACGACAAUCCUCUUAUAAUUUCUUUCCAAGAUAUGUUCCUUCGGCCCGCACAAGGUGAGAAGGAGAAAGAUAUCGAAAUCGAGAUGGAUGACUUGAAGGAAAUGGCAGAGUCGGUGUGGGAGGUCCGGGAUAGAGGGGAUUCUUAUCGACUUUAA